AUUAUAUUAUAUAUUCAACAUAUAUAUCGUCGAUAAUCUAUGGCGGCGGCGGCGAAGAAUAAUCUGCAGAUUGUUCCGGCCUUGGCGGCCGGAAGAAGAAAAGUGGAAGCGCAAUACGUAGAAAUGAUGGUUCCCCUCUAUUCCCACGGUUGCGAAAGGAAGAUCAAGAAUUCCUUAUCCCAUCUCAGAGGAAUAUACUCAGUGAAUGUGGAGUUUGAUGAGCAGAAGGUGACAGUGUGGGGAAUAUGCAACAAAUAUGAUGUCUUGUCCACCAUUCGCGCCAAGAGGAGAGGCGCUCGCUUUUGGGACAACGCCGACGAUGUCUCCGGCGGCGGCGAUGAGCACUCACCGCCGCUCCAACUGCCGGUGCGGAAACGCCGCCCUUCCGUCCCACCGUUGACUCUGCUCAAAACUCGGCCGUCCCUUAUCACCUGGAAACUGUCCCUCAAAAAGGCUCUCUCCAGAAGUCACUCAUUUGUUAAAUUGAUUAAUUAAUUAAGUCAAAUAAACAUUUCUUUAAUCCCCUCAAAAUAAAAUUAGCUUGAUCGGAAAGGAUCGAUUAUCGAUAUAAUCCGUCCUCCCUGAUCCCGUAUUAACUCAGUAAUUCUGCAGAAAAGAAAAGAUGAUGCGGGUUUCGAAGAUGGCGGAGUUACUGGUAAAGU